AUGCUUCAGAUUUCCGGAUCUGGUUUCUGGAGCAGUCCCAACGUGUACUUGAACGGAGGAGAAACUGUUAUAGAACCUGACCAAGACAGGUCUACGAAGGAUUUGCUCGUCGUCUUCGUCCCGCCCGCUGAGCAGGCCGGCACGGUGGAAGUCACAAUUGGGAAUGCAGUCGGUGGGAGUAAUAUUCUCAACUUCACAUACGCAGAGGAUGCCCUUGCGCCAAUCAAGUUUGAAGAGACCAGAGUGAGAGCAGCGGAUAACACCUCCUUCAAAUUGGAGUUGAUUUCAAACAUCCAGUACGGUCCGGACCACCGGUUAUAUCUUGCAUCUCUCAAUUCUUUUGUCUACUCCCUGGAAAUUGACGAGGAACUGAGAGCGUCUGACAUUUGUCAAAGCGAGAGUUUUGGUUAUCUCCGAACAGUCAUCGGACUGGCUUUCAAUCCUGCAGACCCUGAGAUCAUUCUAUACGCGUCGUCCUCGAUAUUCUACUGGGGCGCCAGCGACCUUGAAGGAGACAUGCUGUGGGCGAACGGACAGGUAUCAAAGUUGAGACCAAAUUUUAAUGGUAACUGCUUGGGGAUUGAUGGUGCACCUAUCAUCACUGGUCUACCCGUUUCCAAUCAUGACCACGGGGUGAACAAUCUGGUAUUUGAUGAUGACGGGUUGCUUCAUUUCCAAGUUGGGGCUGCGACAAAUGCAGGAAAACCCGACGAGACCAUUGGAGGCAUAGACGAGAGCCCUCUCAGCGCGGCCAGUCUCGUUGCAGACAUUUACAGCCCUGGUUUCAAUGGUACGAUCGUGUACGACUCUAAUGACCCAGGUACCGCGAAUCAAAUCGCCGGCGAUGUCACAGUAUAUGCACCAGGAUGGAGAAAUUCCUUCGACCUGAUCCUUCACUCCAACGGCAUGAUCUAUGCGACGGACAACGGGGCCAACGCGGAAUUUGGUAACCGAUCGACAAGCUGCACGGAAAGCGACCUGAUAUCGCCGUAUCAUAGUGACGAUCGGUUAGGCAUUGUGACAGAAGGCAAGUAUGCAGGGCACGCGAAUCGAAAUCGUGGUCGCAAUGACCCGAAGCAGUGUAUAUGGAAAAACCCUUUCGAACCGGCAACCGAAGACUUCAUGCCGCCGAUUGCCACGCUCGAGUCUUCCACAGAUGGGCUCAUCGAGUACACAGCAGACUUGUUCGACGGUCAGCUGAAGAGCAAUAUCUUGGCGUCAAAAUUCAGCACAAAUGACCCCAACAACAACGGACGCGUGUAUCGGGUGCAGCUUGAUGAAAAGGGACAGCUUGAAGAUGACAUCGAAUCGCUAUGGGAGGGAAGCGGACUGUCAAUAGAGAUGACUCCAUGGGGAGAUAUUCUCAUGCCACGUCUGUACGAAGCUGAAAUUAUGGCUCUGAAGCCCGAUUACGUGGCCAAGAAGGACGGACGUUUGAUCUCGGUGUCUCCGUUCCGAGGCCCCGUGGGCGGUAGGAAUGAAGUGCUCGUCGCAGUGGACGGUCUCGGGAAGCAAGGCAUAGCGUUGUUUGAUGGCAAGCCGUGCACAGAUGUGCGGGAACAGACGGAGAGGUCUUUCAAGUGUGACGCGCCGGCAGGCGAACCUGGCAAGAGCGUUCAAGUUGCAAUUCAGAUUAGGAAUGGGCCAUUAAUGAAAAGCACGGGGGGACACGACUACAGGUAUAUGAGGAUAUGA